AUGGGGAAGAUCAAGACCUUGCGUACCCUCCUUCCGGCAGGAAAAAAGCACACAGUGCAAUCCUUGGAAGCAGGUUCGGCUAAAGACAUGCGACGAAAUAUUUCUCUUGCUUGCACAGAGUGUCAGAGAAAGAAGACUAAGUGCUCUGGAACAACGCCGUGCACAAGAUGUUCAACUACCCCACAACAGUGUCUAUAUGAUCAAAGCAGUGAUCGUAGACGCAAGGAGUAUACGGGCGGGCUGUUGAAAUUUCAGACCACUCUUUGCCAACUUGCUGCUACCCUGCGCUCUGCAGCUCCUGAGGAGCUAUCAUGGUUGGUCUGGCAGGUUCAAAGCUUGCCAACGGAUCAGGAUGCAGUCGAUUACCUUGUUCAGAUGUUGGCUUAA